AUGCCGCCGCUUUCAGUGACAGGACGCCGCCGCCCUUCAGAGUCAUGCCGCCGCCCUUCAGAAUCAUGCCGCCCCCCUUCAGAAUCAUGCCGCCGCCCUUCAGAAUCAUGCGCCCCCCUUCAGAAUCAUGCCACCGCCUUUCAGAAUCAUGCCGCCGCCCUUCAGAAUCAUGCCGCCCCCCUUCAGAAUCAUGCCGCCCCCCUUCAGAAUCAUGCCGCCGCCCUUCAGAAUCAUGCCGCCGCCCUUCAGAAUCAUGCCGCCCCCCUUCAGAAUCAUGCCACCGCCUUUCAGAAUCAUGCCGACCCCCUUCAGAAUCAUGCCGCCCCCCUUCAGAAUCAUGCCGCCCCCUUCAGAAUCAUGCCGCCCCCCUUCAGAAUCAUGCCGCCCCCCUUCAGAAUCAUGCCGCCCCCCUUCAGAAUCAUGCCGCCCCCCUUCAGAAUCAUGCCGCCGCCCUUCAGAAUCAUGCCGCCCCCCUUCAGAAUCAUGCCGCCCCCCUUCAGAAUCAUGCCGCCCCCCUUCAGAAUCAUGCCGCCCCCCUUCAGAAUCAUGCCGCCCCCCUUCAGAAUCAUGCCGCCCCCCUUCAGAAUCAUGCCGCCGUGA